GCUUUACUGGAAAAUUUUCAAUGUCCUCACCCAACUACCUCUCGUACGUACUCGUGGGGUGUACACGCAAUAGUGGGACUGCCUAGCGAGAAUAGGGGCCGCUUUGUCUCCUUAAUCUGGCAAAUGUGCUUACAAACACCGGCAGCCUUGCUUGAACAGACACUAGCGCUUUUUCUUAUAAGUACUGCUUGCAGUUCAUCUAGUCUAUGUUAUGUCGCCUCGAGCGCCAAUCUAGGAGGAAUAACUGAUUCCGCACCCUUCAAUGCCUUCAUUCCAAUACACUAUUCUCCCUAUCCAGUUCAACAGCCAGUGCAUCACAUUUCCAGAAUGGAUCUCUCUCUUCACUCUCUGCCUCGCCCCGCUGAUUGCCCACAUCGCCUCCGGCAUCCCCCCUGUAUCGUAUCUUUCCCACACCCGUCCGAAGUGGUAUGACCAUCUCUGCCAUUACAAUCCUACAUCUAUUGUUUGGCGGUACGCUGUCAUCACCGACCGUCGCAUUCGGGCUACUCAAUGGUCUCGCGACGAUUUGACAGCCAGCAACGCUAUUUUCUGGACGGCGAAAGGCUGGGAUGGUCACGAAGACAUGGUGGUCAAGGCAGCCCAGCAUAAAUUGCGAUGCCCCGGGCUUACCCACGUGCAAAUCAUGUCGGUAACGAUGCUGAAAACAAUAAUCGUGACAACGCAGGGCUUGUCAGCGCUGUACACACUGGUCGCGUCGCUCGCAGGCGUCAAAAGUACAAACUUCAUGUCGCAUACGACCGUGGAUUCGAUUUUCCUGCCCCUUGCCAUCCUUGGGCUUUUGAGGCUUUGCGCUGCCAUCUGGCUUACCGAGGACUUUGUGUACACUGCGGACGGCAAUAUGAUUGUGGAAGCAGUACACCAGCGUACUCGGGAUAAAUCAAUCGACAACAACCCCAACACCCAGGUAACCAUCUCGCAUAGCGCUCUUGAACCGUUUUUCGUUUCGCCUCCUCAAGUGCGCGCGUGCUUCAGAUCCCCUAGCUUCUGGCCCAGCCGCAUCUUUCGUGGCACGUAUCUCUUGAUCAUCGGGGGUAUCUGGGGCUUAUCGCUGCUGUGUAUUAUGCCGGGUAUCGUCAGUUCAGAUGCACAGCUGACUGCAAGCGCCUUCUCAACCGGACUUUUCUAUUUUCUCUUCCUUUCCGUUUCUAUCGGGCUCUACACACUCUACUUCGUCCGCGACCAAACCACUACAACCAUCAUCCCCUGUAUUUCAGCAACGUGGUACAAGAUCUACACACUGCUUAUUAUGGGCUUUAUAGUGGUCUUGAUUGUAAUAGGAAGUAUUGAAGCUAGCACAAUUCCUUAUGCGAAUUCCGCUAAUACACCGUCGGCGGUCAAAACGGAUUGUGGUUUCUUCUUAAAGGAGUGGACUUUUGUUGCGCCAUAUUCAAGUUUCUUUGGACUUGCGUCGCGGGCUGAGGGAAACGCGAUUGGGGCUCAGCAGAAUCGUUCAAGUUUAGCAGUGGGGAAGUUGUCAAAUGCCUUGCUAGAAGAGAGGUACUCGAUUGACAACUUCACUGGGUACUGUAUAGGAGAGUUUGGGAAUUCGUAA